ACCCACAAAAACAGAAAGGGCAGGGAAAACGUAGGAUAUUUGUCAUCUUCAAAUUCCCCACGGAACUAGAAAUAGUGAAAUACCCACUUUGCUACAUUCCAAACUAAAGCUUCGAUCUUUCCUUCAUUUCCUUCCUUCCCCUGUUUCCCCGUUCCUCUGUUUUUCUUUUCUUGUGUGCAAAAUGUAUCAGGACGGCUGUUACUCUGUCGCCGGAGCUCACUGGACUCGAUUCGACGACAAGAAGUUCGAGCAGGCUUUGGUAUUGAUCCCCGACCGAUGGCUCAGAAUCGCCGAUCAUGUCGGCCGCUCGGCGGCGGAAGUUGUGGAGCAUUACAGCCUCUUGGUGAGCGAUGAUUACGACAUUGAUUCCGGGAGAGUCGACUUGCCGACUUACCACGACGACUCGUUGUUUGUUGGUGGAGAGGAUUCCGGCAGAUUUCGUUCGGCGGCGGUGGGAAGGUCAAACAUGGGGAUGGCGAGAGGAAGAAAGGCACUCCUUGGACCGAAGAAGAACACAGGUUGUUUCUGAUCGGGUUGAGGAAAUACGCAAGGGAGAUUGGAGGAGCAUCUCGAGGAACAUAGUGGUGACGAGAACUCCGACGCAAGUCGCCAGCCACGCCCGGAAGUACUUCCUUCGGCAGAGCUUGGUGAAGAAAGAGAGGAAGAGAUCGAGCAUCCACGACAUCACCAAUGUCGAUAAUCACAACUCCGUCGCCCUUCCGAUUAUCGAUCAGAGGAGACUUCCUCGCCAUUCUCCUAAUGCCGAUGUAUGAUAACUUUGGAUUCCCAGUGUAAAGGUGAAAUCUUUUGUAGCUGUUAGGACACAUUUGUUGUUUGUUGUAAGUUGUGACAUCGUGUACAUAGAUAGGAAAAAAAGGCAAGUACUUUGCACGACCAACCUUUUGGUACCAUUAUAAAGGUAAUUACCGCUAAAAGUAAUUACUAAUACAAUGGUUAUAAGAAAAUAUUAGUGGUGUUGUUUACGGAUAUCACAUGAGUAAGAAUCGAACUUUUAAUAACUUAGUUAAAGAAACGAGGUGACUAAACAUCACGCUAUACAUUCAUAAUUAUCGCACAAGUUGGCUACACCAAAUAGCUGGUAUACCUCCCUCAUGGGUGACCCAAUAGCAAAAAUUUGAAUAUGCAUGUCCUACGCACGGCUCAUGGUACUUAUUGUGUAAGAGAAUAUUCCUAAAAAAAAGACUCCCGAAUUAAGUAUUCUGCUUACAUGGUUGACACGAAUAAAGACUGUUCUACUUUUUUUACUUUAUAUUAAAAUGUUAUUAACUUCUUACCUUAAAACUUUGAAGUUUUCUCGGAAGUAUAGCUAACAUAUCGAGGAACCUUCACCGAUAUCAGUGCAACAUAUCCUCGAAUCAUAGUGAGAUUAGGCAUUAUUUCCCGAUUCAUAGUGGCCUUACUAGUGUGCGAUUUGUAGGUCGGCGUAUUAAUAAGGAUUUGGUGGCUAGAAAGACUCUUUAAUUGUACCAAACUACUAGUCGUUUCUUUAACUUUCUGACCUAACUGAAUUUCAGAAUGUAAAUAUCUAUUUUUAAUCAAUAUAUAUGAUUAUCGUUUAAAAAAAAUUAUCAUCGAAUUAAUCGUUUAAAUAUCUUGAUCAUAUCAUCCAACGACUAUGCCCAAAAUUUCCUCUCAUCUAACGGUAAUUAACAUUUCUAUAUGCAUAUAAGGAGAUUGUCUUGUGGUGUAACCUCGACUCAAGAUAGGGUGCAUAACUAUGGGUUAUGCACCCAUCAAUAACCAAAUCUAGACCCUUUAUUUAGAAAAUCAAGAUCUAAAGAUGGAGAAUUAAAUGCCAUUUUUAUUUUCUUAAUUGGCUCAUAUCUCUUUCGUUUCAACUCGGAUUUUAAUUUUUUUGCAAAGAUGGAACGAGUUCAUCGUGAUCUACAAAAUGAGAUCAAUUUUCAAUAUUUUUUGAGAAAAAAAUCUGACCUCUCGGUACCAACUUCAUACAAUAUGGUAUCUUCUUCGUUUUUAAUUCAUUUUUGACAACGUUUGCACAGAGGGGACGAGUUCAUCAUGAUCUACUGGAUCUACAAAUUUCUGGGUGAACAAAUUAAAUGACCAAAAAAUACCACACAAUACCAUACAAUACCACCCUGGUACGGGGUGGUAUCUUGUGGUACACAAUGUUAAAAAUCGUAAAUGACAAUUAAUAUACUUCUACUAUCAUGUAUUCAACCAUCCUACAAUCUUGGUUUGUUCAUACCACCAUGGUACGCUUUUCAAACCAUAGGUAUGCUCUUAUUUCAAUACAAGUCAAUACCAUAUGGUAUGGACUCGUAAAAAUGGCUCAAUUUUUUUUGUUCGAAAAAUAUAUCAAAGUGGACAUCAUUUUGAAGAGCACAAUUAAUCUGAUCUAACUGU